AUGUCCAAGCAAUCUAUCUUAUUCAUCUUCACUUCUGCCGAUAAAGUUCUUGACGGUCAAGAAACCGGAUGGUAUCUUCCUGAAGCUGCCCAUCCUUACUAUGUACUUCACAACGAUUUCAACAUCGAUUCAGCUUCUACAAAAGGUGGGGCAGCGCCUUUAGAUGAGAAUUCCAAAAAGAUGUUCACAGAUGAUGAAUCUGUCAAAUUCUUAAAUGAUCCUAAAGCUCAAGAAUUAGUUAAAAACACAAAGAAAAUCACAGAUGUUAAAGCUGAAGAUUACGCUGCUAUCUUCGUUGUCGGUGGUCACGGUCCUCUUAUUGAUUUAGCACCUAGCAAAGAAUUCGCCAAGCUCGUUGAGGACUUCUACGCCGCUAAAAAGCCCGUCUCUGCAGUUUGUCAUGGACCCGCAGCACUCAUCGGAGCCAAGAGACCCAACGGUGAAUCCAUCUUUAAAGGUACAGAAGCAACUGUAUUUUCCAACUCUGAAGAAUCUCAAACACCUUACAACGAUUUCGUCAAUACACUUCCUUUCAGCCCUGAAGAUAAAUUGAAGGAGUUAGGUGCCAAGUUCGUCAAGGCAGAACAAGAUUGGGGAGUUAAAGUAGUUUACGAUCAAGGUGUUUUGACCGGUCAAAACCCUGGAUCUGCAGGUGCACUCGGUGAAAAGUUGAAGGAAAUCCUUCUUUCAGCUUAA